AUGUCCUCUUCAAACGAAGGAAGAAUACCAGUUAUUGAUAUCUCGGGCUCAGUGCCUCAAUCGGAAGUUGCUAAGCAACUUGUGGAUGCAGCUGCAACUUUUGGUUUCGUUUACUUAAAAAAUCUGGGGAAAGAUAUCCCUGUCGAUGCCAUUGACAGAACCUUUGAGUUGUCUCGAAAGUUCUUCUCUUCUCCCAUCGAAGAGAAGCUACCAUGCAAAAUCGCAAAUAAUAAUCGGGGAUGGUCUGGAAUGCAUACAGAGAAGUUGGAUGAAAAGAAUCAAAGAGUCGGCGAUUUCAAAGAAGCAUUCAAUUUAGGCGACUUUGUCAAUGGAAAAGCCGAACAACCACUUCCACCUUCAUUAUCGCCACAUGAAUCAGAGCUCAACGAGUUUCAACUCUAUUGUCAUAAGCUUUGCCUCAAACUCCUUACUCUUUUCGCUAUCGGUCUUGAAAUUGACCCCGCAGCUGGCGGCUCCGACUGGUUCUCCUCUAGACAUCACGGGGGCACAACAGGAUGCAUUCUCCGUCUGCUCUACUAUCCUUCCUUGCCCCCAAAUUCUGACUACCAACCCGAUGUCGAUAUUCGAGCUGGUGCUCAUUCGGACUAUGGUUCUAUUACCCUUUUAUUCCAACGACCCUCUCAACCGGGUCUUGAAAUCCUUCCUCCAUCCUCUUCUUCGGAGCCGAAAUGGACCCCAGUUCCAAUCCAGCCACCUACUACGGAACAUGAUCCAUCUCCACCAAUCCUCGUAAAUAUAGGCGACCUCCUCUCGCACUGGACCAACAAUCUCCUCGUCUCCACCGUCCACCGCGUCAUCUUCCCCAAGUCCCUUCCAACAGAAAUAGCAGAUCGCUACAGCAUAGCGUAUUUCUGUCAUCCCGUCGGCACCACCGUAUUAGAAAGUGUACCCAGCGAGCGCGUACAGAAAUUUGGAGAAGCCAAUGGAGAAAUAAAAAGGAAGAAAGGAGAGAAAAUCACAGCUGAUGAACAUUUGAUGGGAAGGUUGAGGGCUACGUAUGCUGGUUUGUAUGAGGAAGACAAGGGGGACAAAAAAGAAUGA